AUGGAAAGAUCUGCUUUUUCUGUAAUAUUUUUCAUUAAACAGUUGAUAGCUCUUCUGAUUCUUUAUUUUGAUUUAACUCAAAUUUUAAAUCUUCAUACAUCUGUUACAGUUCAACUUCAGUUUUUAUUUAAUAAAAAGUCAAGAUCUUUGUAUCUAAGAUCUAGAAUUAUUGAAAGCAAAGCAUAUUGA